AGACCCUUCCCGGCCCUUCGCAGCCCCUUCUUCCCCUGCAGAACGAGGCGCUGCAGCGGCAGAUGCGGGAGAUGGAGGAUGAGUUCGGGGAGGAGAUCGGGAACUACCAGGAUGUGGUGGGGAGGCUGGAGCAGGAGAUCCAGCAGAUGAAGGAGGAGAUGGCGCGGCACCUGCGCGAGUACCAGGACCUGCUGAACGUCAAGAUGGCCCUAGACAUCGAGAUAGCCACGUACCGCAAGCUGCUGGAGGGCGAGGAGAGCCGGAUCACCAUCCCUCUGCAGCCCACCACUUCCUUCAGCAUGAGAAGCUCAGUGCUGGAGCCCCAGCCUGCGGAGAGCUCGGCUCGGAGGAUGGUGCUCAUCAAAACCAUCGAGACACGGGACGGGCAGCAAGUGGUGACAGAGUCGCACAAGGAGCGAGCGGGGAAGUGACAGAGAGGAGCUGCUGCGAUGGCCCCGACCCCACGGCGGGGGUUUUGCCAAACCCUGCUGCGUCCUGGGCGGGGAAUGGAGCAAAGCAGGGGGGCUGGGAGUGCCCCAAUUCCCAUUCCUGCUGUCAGCACCACGGGACAACGCUGUGGUGUGUCCCUGUGCCUUUGCAGUGUGUCCCUGUGCCUUGUCCCCGCACUAUUUAUUGCCUAUUUAUUAUCCUCCCAACCACAUUCCCAGCUCUAUUCCAUAUCGAGUGUUCCCCACGCUGCCUUGAGGCCGGGGGAGUCCCGGCUUCCCUCCUGCCCCCAGAGCUGGCACCGGCUGCCCCCGGGCUUGGAGGGUCUGGUGACAUCCAUGCACUGUCCCCUCUGGUGUCACUGCCCGGGGGAGUGGAGCAGAAUGGGAAGCAGCGCCCGGCUGAGGGGGGGAUCUGC